GCAGUGCAGCCAACCUCUACCCAGUGGCCUGCUAAUGCAGGAGAGCUUGUCUGCACCACAGCGAUGCUUGGAAGGAGACAGGGAGAGAAAGAAAGAGACAGCCAGGGUGGGGAAAGCUGCAGCAGCCUUUGCAAAUGCUGAGAGGUGCAAGAAGACAGCUUGGGAUGCAGAGAUACAGCCUUGUCAGGACUAAAAGCACCUGUGACAGACAAACAUGAAAAGGAAUUGGGCAGAAGAUUGUCUCGCUGCCUGGAUGCGGCUGGGCCGGGUGUGAGGGAGCCAUUCCACUGGCCCCUCUGUGGUGCCCUGUGAUGGUGCCAGCAGGAUGCCGUGGUUGCCAGUGAAGAAGAUCCGCAGGCAAUUUAAGCUGUUGCUGCUGCUGGUGUUACUUACCUCAGCCGUCUGGGUCACAUACCUGCACAUCAGCCUUGCGAGGCAGGGCAAAACACUCCGACUGCCCUUCAUCUACAGCAGAGAUGGUGAGAAAGUGGAGAGUACGGACCAUGCACGUAAAACAGGACGGGCCCAGGCUUUCCUUGCUCAUUCUCAGGCUGGAGACUCUAGUGAGGAGGCUUCCACGCCUGAUGCUCUGGCUUGGAAGAGGGAGCGCAGAUGGAACCCCAGUGAGAGUCGGCUUAACCUCACAGAUAUCGCUGUGCCCUGGAAUGAGAAGUAUAAAGGCAAAGUGAACCUCCAUGUGUUUGAGGAUUGGUGUGGUGGAUCCGUGCUGAACUUAAAGACUAACCUGCAUUUCCCCUUGUACCCUCAUACUCGAACCACCGUCACAAAACUUGCAGUGUCGCCCAAGUGGAAGAACUACGGGCUGAGGCUGUUUGGUUACAUACACCCUUACAAAGAUGGUGACUUCCAGUUUGCAGUGGCAUCAGAGGAUAAUUCAGAAUUCUGGUUUAGCAGUGAGGAGAGCCCAUCCAGUGCCCAGCUUAUAGCUUACGUGGGAAGGAGUGGCUCCGAGUGGACGGCACCAGGGGAAUUCACAAAGUUCAGUUCUCAAGUGUCCAAGCCAAUCCGGUUAAUGAGCUCUCGGCGCUAUUAUUUUGAGGUUCUUCACAAGCAGGACGAUCGUGGUUCAGAUCAUGUGGAAGUGGCGUGGCGUUUGUCCCUUCCGGGCAUGAAGUUUGAGAUUGUGGAUUCAGCCUACAUAUCUCUCUACACAGAUGAGACUGCUUACAGAAUGAACGAGGUGGCUCAUAUCCCACGCACUCUCUCUAGCCGGCCCGGUCACCGCUGGGGAGUGGACAAAGAGCAGCCUGCUGCUGACAUGCUGAUGGACGACCCCCGCAAUGAUUUUUUUAUGACACCGCUGAUUGAACAAUCGAGAGUGGAGAGCGUUCUGGUCCCCUGCGCAUAUAAACCUACAUAUGUAGUAAAGGAUUUCCCAAUAGCACGAUACCAGGGCCUGCAGUUUGUUUACCUCACCUUUGUAUACCCAAAUGAUUUCACCCGCCUGACUCAUAUGGAAACAGAAAACAAAUGCUUCUAUCGAGAGUCUCCCCUAUACCUAGAAAAGUUUGGCUUUUACAAGUACAUGAAGAUGGACGAUGAAGAGUCUCCUCAAGUACCAUUCCUGUUCUUCAAUCGCCAGCACUUCAUGGAGGAAGAUGACGACGACGAGGAAGCACUGUUUGCUGGGAGUAAAUUAAAUCAUAAGAUAAAAGACGAAUUCCCUGGGUACCCCAUGCCACCUAAUACUGACCAUAGAGAGGACACUCGCAUCCCCCUUAGUGUACCCCCUGAACUUACCUAUGGAAUAAAUGUCAGCACUGUGGCUCAAAUACAUGGUCGGAGCUUGAAGUGGACAUCAAGGGAACACCCCCCACCGGGCCACAGAGGGCAAAGGAGACCUUUAAUACCCACAUUGGAAGGACCAAUUAAAAGAGCUAGGCGAAGUCCCACAGAUGGGACGUUAGAUUUGAGACUGAUAACGGAGUCAGAAGUUUUGACUAGAGAACAUAGGGUAACUGGUAAGUCAAAGAAUGGACAAAUGUCUCAUGUAAGAAAGAGAGACAAAAAGUCAGAGUUAAGAAACAGAGCUCGAAAGUUAGAUUCCCUAAUGGUUGGUCUAAAAACAGAGUUCACGGAAAAGCCUGAAUUGUCAGAAGUCAGACCCACUGAAGAAGGACGCUUGGAGUCUGUUACCAGUGAGGCAAUGCUUAAACAGAACUUGAAGGACACUUUAAGAGUAAAAAAUAAACAUAAGCCUGAGAAGGUGUAUGUGACACGGCUGCUAUCCAAAGUAAGAAAGUCCCAAAAUCGACUCUUACCUGGGAUGCUGCUGCAUCAACCUAAACCCCGCCGCUCUCCUAGUCCUCAUGCCCACUUGCAUGCCCCCCAUACUCCCAAAACCUCCCGUGGAGGCAGAAGGUCCAAGGGUUGGGGUCUGCCUGAUACCUCAGAACUGGGGCUUUUCAGCUGGGAUGGACAGACUGAAAAGCCUGGAGCUCCAGUUCCAACCUCUCCUGGUCAACCUAAUGGCCCUCCAUCUCUUAGUAUGUCUUCGGAUUCUCCUGCAGAAGUUCAGGAGCAGGAUUAUAGCUAUGAGGAAGAGGAGCCCCGGCAACGCUGGCCAGAGGAUGCUAUCAACUGGCAACGAACUUUCAGCGUGGGCACCGUCGACUUUGAGAUGCUACGGUCAGACUGGAAUGACCUUCGCUGCAAUGUGAGUGGGAACUUACAGCUUUCAGAGGCAGAAACCGUGGACUUGGUGGCACAGUAUAUGGAGAAACUAAAUGAGAAGAAUGGUGGUAUAUACACUUUGCUGCGUAUAAUCAAUGUGGAGAAGAGGAGGGACUCGGCCAGAGGAAACCGCUACUUUAUCGAGCUGGAGCUUCAGGAGCGCGGCAGUAGGAAAGUGAGACUUGCAGAGUAUGUGUACCUGCUACUGCAUCGUGGAACUGGGGGAGACAGUGAUGAAAGCCCACCAGCAGAGACCCCAGAAAUCUUCCCCAGCCCUCAACUUCCCUUAUACAGUAAACCAAUCCUGUGCCGGCCUGUGAGCCUUAACUGGAAUCCUCGUGCAACUGUGCAUUUCGUAGUGCCAGUAAAGAAUCAGGCCCGCUGGGUCCAGCAGCUCAUCUCAGACCUGGAGUUCUUGUACACAAACACUCAGGAUGAUCAAUUCAAUCUCAUUCUGGUAGAUUAUGACAGCGAGGAUAUGGAUGUGGAGAGGGCUCUGCGCACUGCUAAACUACCAAGUUAUAAGUAUCUGAAGAGAAGCGGAAACUUUGAGCGUUCAGCUGGGCUGCAGGCAGGCGUUGACACUAUACAAGACAAUCACAGCAUCGUAUUCUUGUGUGACCUGCACAUACACUUCCCGCUUUCUGUGCUGGACAGUGUGAGGAAACAUUGUGUAGAGGGACGUUUGGCCUUUGCACCUAUAGUAAUGAGGCUGAGCUGCGGAAGUUCUCCUUACAACCCCCGUGGGUACUGGGAGGUGAAUGGAUUUGGUCUUUUCGGAAUCUACAAAUCAGAUUUUGAUAGAAUUGGAGGCAUGAAUACAGAGGAAUUUAAAGAUCGCUGGGGCGGAGAGGACUGGGAGUUGCUUGACAGGGUUCUCCAAAAUGGUCUGGAAGUGGAGCGUUUGCGUCUGAGGAACUUCUUCCACUACUACCACUCCAAACGAGGCAUGUGGAACACACAAAGCCAGGAGAGUGUAGUAAAGGACUGACACGCACCUAAAGGGUUGGAGGCGUGGACUCCUCAUCGUGGUUUGUGUUUGUUGAGAUGGGAAGACUGAUCAUGUUGCUUAACUUGAACAGACAGAAAGCAGUUGUUGCACUUUGGGUGCUAAGCAUGGUACGGACUGCUCUGGUUGGGCUCUGAGAAGGCUGAGAUGCUCUGCAGGAGAUGAAUCUUCCAUGUUUUAUGGUUGGUGGCUGAUAAUUCUUCUAGGGAAGUAACUUGCUCCUGAGCCGUUUCCAUUUACAAUUCAGCUGGCCGACUGGUGGGAAGCGAGAACAGAAUUUUAGAUCCCCCUGAAAGAGUCAAGAAAUAAAUCCGCCUUUAGGGUGGCACACAGAGACUCAUAUUCAUGAAUUAUAGGUGUUCACAGAAUGUCCAACCAUCCCUCUGUAUGGGCCGUUCAAUCAGCCCAUCAUGCAGUCGUUCCAUUAGAAUAGACCAUUCUGGUCAAUGUCUCAAGCCUUGGUCAACUUCAGAGCCCUUUGGCCACCUACCUCUGUAGUCACAUUUGAGAAGAUCUGAUUGCUAAGCUUUUAAGAUGACCAACUGGUCUAAUAGGGGGCCAACUUAUCCAUAUAAUUCCAUUAGGUCCAUUCUCAACUUUUUGCAUUGUACAUUUUUUAAGCAAAAUCCUUUACGAUUACCUCAAUAUACCUUGCAACCUUGGAAUAGCGCUGGAGAUUGGCCUGAGGUUAUAUCAGCCUUAGAAUAGGCUCAGUCAUUCAGUUCUUUACCUAAAGAACCUGAGUGAGAUCUUCUAAGACACAAGUUCUGUAUUAGGAAGUGGCACAGGACACUGGAGCUUGCAUUUCUUUCCACUGGUUGGCAAUAAUCUGGCCAGUUGGAGCACUCCUUUCUUUUAACCCUGGCAGGGCAAGUACAGCAGCCCCUUUGAAAUCAAUUAAUACACAUUCACAUACACAGAUAAAUAAGGUAAUCGUGAAAAGUGGUAAACAUAGCACAGAUUGGUGCAACCUGGGAUGUUAAUGUGGCAUAGGACAUGGUCUUGCACUUAAAUGCCUUUCAGUUGUGUGUGUGAUUUUAAAGGGGUUGUGCACCUUUAAAUUAACUUUUUAGCACAAUGUAGAGACUGAAAUUCUGAGACACAAUUUGCAGUUGGUUUUCAUUUUUAUUAUUUCUGUUUUUUGAGUUAUUUAGCUUUUUAUCCAGCAGCUCUCCAGUUUGCAAUUUC